AUGGCCGUUGGACUGAAAGACUUUUCAAUGGUGAAAUAUCUUGCAUCUGGAAGCUUUGCCAGAGUAUUUCUCGUGCGGAAGGUCGGAGGAAGAGACGACGGGACGCUGUACGCCAUGAAGCGGGUACCCAAGGGAAGUAGCAGAAAAGCCAAGCGCGUGCGCAUGGAGCGUGACGUGCUUGACUACAUCCGGUAUUUCCCGUACGUCACCAACAUGCACUACGCGUUUGGGACGGAAGCGGCCGUGUACCUGGUCACAGACUUCGUGCGCGGCGGCGACCUGUCCAGGCUUCUGCACGAGCGCAAGUUCUUGGAGGAACGUGACGUCAGGAUGUACGUGGCUGAGCUUGUCCUGGCCCUGACUGGUCUUCACAGGGUCGGAAUUGUCCACCGCGAUCUCAAGGAGAGAAAUAUUCUUCUGGAUUCCAACGGACACGUUGUCGUCGCGGACUUCGGGUUCAGCAAGUUCCUUAACUUGUCGGAGAAGGAAAAGACCUACUCCUUCUGCGGUACCUUAGAAUACAUGGCGCCGGAAGUGAUCAACCAUACUUUAGGAAUGGAUCAGGCAGUGGACUGGUGGGCUCUGGGUGUGGUGACGUGUAAGCUUCUCGGCGGGUUGUCGCCCUUCUGUGUGGAGACGGAGACAACUCUAGGAAAGCCAUCUUUGAGUAAGUCACCGCCAUUCUAUCUUCGCCGUAUCCUGCACGGGCAGCCGACCUUUCCCCCGGCGGCGUCUCUCGAAGCCCGAGACUUCAUGCAGGCGCUGCUGACAAAAGAUCCCGAGAAGCGCCUGGGAUCUCGCGGAGUGGACGAGAUCAAGGCUCACCCCUUCUUCCGCGGACUGAGUUGGGACGAGGUGAUGGCCAAGACCAACCGGGUGCCUUUAAUACCCGAAGUUCUCAGCGACCAGGAGCUGACUGAGUCUCACAAGCGCGUGCCUUUGAAGGAGUGUGACGUCACAGCGCCCCCUGAAGACAACAUUUUUUAUGAGGGAUUUACCUAUGUGGCAGCCUCCAUCUUGCUGUCAGAAAUAACGGACGAGGAGGACCUGUCAAUGACAUCUGACUAA